GAAAAAACCCCGCACUCUUCUUCGGUCAAAUGUGUCGGUUGUGAUAGAGGGCUCCGGUGGUUAGGCAGCAAACGUCGCUGACUUAAUAUACAUAUUCUCUUUUCUGUAGCUUCCGUCAGUUUUAUUUUAAUAAAUAAAGCGAUUAUUGUUCCCACUUACUUGAAAUCUGGUGACUUGUUUCGAAUCAAUUUGUGCAGUAAUAUUAGACUAUAGAAAAUGGCGGCUGGAACCGAAGGACCACUUAAGGCGCUGAUCGAGAACAAGGCCGUGAGCAAGACCAAGAAGGAUGACAAGCGGCUGUCUGUGGAGAGGAUCUACCAGAAGAAGACCCAGCUGGAGCACAUUCUGCUCCGGCCCGACACCUACGUCGGCUCGGUGGAGCCUCUCACUCAGCAAAUGUGGGUUUUUGACGAUGAAGUCGGGAUGAACUGCAGAGAGGUCACCUUCGUCCCUGGCCUUUAUAAGAUCUUUGAUGAAAUCCUGGUGAAUGCUGCGGACAACAAGCAGAGGGAUAAAAACAUGUCCUGCAUCAAGGUCAACAUUGACGCAGAGAACAACGUCAUCAGUGUGUGGAACAACGGGAAGGGAAUUCCCGUGGUGGAGCACAAGGUGGAGAAGGUGUACGUGCCCGCCCUCAUCUUCGGCCAGCUCCUUACGUCCAGCAACUAUGACGAUGACGAGAAGAAGGUCACCGGUGGGCGCAACGGCUAUGGAGCCAAGCUCUGCAAUAUCUUCAGCACCAAGUUCACCGUGGAAACGGCCUGUCGGGAAUCCAGGAAGUCCUUCAAGCAGACCUGGUACGAUAACAUGGGCCGGGCGGGCGAGUGUAAGAUCAGGGCCUUCGAGGGGGAGGAGUUCACCUGCAUCACCUUCCAGCCUGACCUGUCCAAGUUCAAGAUGCGGAGCCUGGACAAGGACACGGUGGCCCUCAUGACCCGCAGGGCCUACGACAUCGCCGGGGCCGCCAAGGGCGUCAAGGUCAUCCUCAACGGCAAGAAGCUGCCCGUGACAGGAUUCCGCAGCUACGUGGAUCUCUACGUGAAGGAUCGGGUGGACGAGCUGGGCGCCCCGCUGACCGUGGCCCACGAGGUGGUGAACCCCCGCUGGGAGGUCUGUCUGACCAUGAGCGAGAAGGGCUUCCAGCAAGUCAGCUUUGUCAACAGCAUCGCCACCACCAAGGGUGGACGGCACACGGACUACGUGGUGGACCAGGUGGUGACGAAGCUCAUCGACGUGGUGAAGAAGAAGAACAAGGCCGGGGUGACCGUCAAACCCUUUCAGGUGAAGAGCCACCUGUGGGUGUUUGUGAACUGCCUGAUCGAGAACCCCACGUUCGACUCCCAGACUAAGGAGAACAUGACCCUGCAGCAGAAGAACUUUGGCUCCACCUGCCUGCUCAGCGAGAAGUUCAUCAAGAGCACCAUAAACUGUGGGAUUGUGGAGAGCAUCAUGAACUGGGUCAAGUUCAAGGCCCAGACCCAGCUCAACAAGAAGUGCUCUGCCGUCAAACACACCAAGAUCAAAGGCGUCCCCAAGCUGGACGACGCCAACGACGCAGGGGGUAAAAACUCCGGCUCCUGCACCCUCAUCCUCACAGAGGGGGAUUCGGCCAAAACCCUGGCCGUGUCCGGGCUGGGCGUGAUCGGCCGAGACCGCUACGGAGUCUUCCCCCUGCGCGGUAAAAUGCUCAACGUGCGGGAGGCCUCACACAAACAGAUCAUGGAGAACGCCGAGAUCAACAACAUCAUCAAGAUCCUGGGCCUGCAGUACAAGAAGAACUACGGCGAUCCAGAGUCCCUGAAGAGCCUGCGCUACGGCAAGCUGAUGAUCAUGACCGACCAGGAUCAAGAUGGCUCCCACAUCAAAGGGCUGCUCAUCAACUUCAUCCACCACAACUGGCCCUCACUUCUGCGACACAACUUCCUGGAGGAGUUCAUCACACCCAUCAUCAAGGUCUCUAACAAGAAGCAGGAGCUGCCGUUCUACAGCAUCCCGGAGUUCAAUGAGUGGAAGGACAACCAGCCCAACUACAAAUCAUGGAAAAUAAAGUACUACAAAGGUCUGGGUACCAGCACGUCGAAGGAGGCGAAGGAGUACUUCUCCGACAUGGCCCGCCAUCGCAUCCCCUUCAAGUACAGGGGUCCCGAGGAUGACGAGGCCAUUACCCUGGCCUUCAGUAAGAAGAAGAUUGAAGAGAGAAAGGAGUGGCUAACCAACUUCAUGACCAAUCGGCGCCAGCGCCGGGAACACAACCUGCCCGAGGACUACCUCUACAGCACGUCCACCAAGUUCCUCUCCUACAACGACUUUGUGAACAAGGAGCUGGUGCUGUACUCCAACUCGGACAACGAGAGGUCCCUUCCCUGCCUGGUGGACGGACUGAAACCAGGCCAGAGGAAGGUCCUGUUCUGCUGCUUCAAGAGGAACGAUAAGAGGGAGGUGAAGGUCGCUCAGCUGGCUGGCUCCGUGGCAGAGAUGUCUGCCUAUCACCAUGGAGAGAUUUCUCUCAUGAUGACCAUCGUUGGCCUGGCGCAGAACUUUGUGGGCAGCAACAACCUGAACCUGCUGCAGCCGCUGGGCCAGUUCGGCACCCGGCUGCAUGGAGGCAAGGACUCGGCCAGCCCUCGAUACAUCUUCACCAUGCUCAGCUCGCUCACCCGACUGAUCUUCCCCGCUGUGGACGACAACCUGCUCAAGUACAACUUUGACGAUAACCUGCGGGUGGAGCCCGAGUGGUACAUGCCCAUCCUGCCCAUGGUGCUGGUGAACGGCGCAGACGGCAUCGGCACCGGCUGGGCCAGCCGCCUCCCCAACUUCGACGUGCGCGAGAUCGUCCACAACCUGCAGCGCAUGCUGGACGGGGACGAGCCGCUGCCCAUGCUUCCAAACUACAAGAACUUCAAAGGCACCAUCGAGCAAGUGCUGAACAACCAGUACAUCGUCAACGGAGAGGUGGCCAUCAUCGAUUCCACCACCAUAGAGAUCUCUGAGCUGCCUGUUAAGACCUGGACGCAGACCUACAAAGAGAAUGUUCUGGAAGUGAUGCUGAAUGGCACCGAGAAGGUGCCCCCCCUCAUCACCGACUACAAGGAGUACCACACCGACACCACCGUCCGCUUCGUGGUCAAGAUGACCGAGGAGCGUCUGCGGGAGGCCGAGGCCGCGGGGCUGCACAAGGUCUUCAAGCUGCAGAACCCUCUCACCUGCAACUCCAUGGUGCUGUUUGACCAUGCGGGCGGCUUGAAGAAGUACGAGAUGGUGCAGGACAUCCUGAAGGACUUCUUUGAGCUGCGGAUGAAGUACUACGUCCUGCGUAAGGAUUGGCUGUUGGGAAUGCUGGGGGCGGAGAGUGCCAAACUCAGCAACCAGGCCCGCUUCAUCCUGGAGAAGAUCCAGGGCACCCUGGUUAUCGAAAAUAAGCCCAAGAAACAACUGAUCCGGAUGCUGCAGGAGAUGGGGUACGAUUCAGACCCUGUCAAGGCCUGGAAGAAAUCCCAGGAGAAGGCAGCAGAGAUGGACGACUCGACCGAGGAGGAGGACAAGGAGGACAAGGAGGAAGAUACCUCGGGCCCAGACUACAACUACCUGCUGAGCAUGCCCAUGUGGUUCCUGACCAAAGAGAAGAAGGACGAACUGUGCAAGCAGAGAGACGACAAGUUGACAGAGCUGAACACCCUGAAGAUGAAAAGCCCAACUGACCUGUGGAAGGAGGAUCUGGCCGCCUUCACCGAGGAGCUGGAGCGCGUGGAGCAGAAGGAGAAGGAAAACUCCACAGUGGAGGUGAAGCCGGCCAAGGGCAAGUCGGGGCGGGUCAAGACGGUGAAGGUGAAGGAGGAGACCAUGCCCACCCCGCAGGGCCGCCGCGUUGUCCCGCGCGUCACCAGCGCCAUGAAGGCCGAUGCCAACCGCAAAGCUGGCGGCAAGGCCAAAAGAGUCAAGAAUGAGAGUGAUGGACUGGCCGUGGCGAUAUCCUUCGAUGAGGAGGAAGGGCACAGUGGUAGCCUGGCUGCCCGGCUGGCUAAGGGCAGGAAGGCCCAAAGCAAGGAGAAAGCAUCAAAGAGUGGAAAGCAGACCACCCUGCAGUUCCAGCCGGUAAAGAAGCGGAACCCGUGGUCAGACGAUGAAGCCUCUGAUGACGACGACAUGGUGAUGGAGGUGGAGGUGCCUCCCAGAGAGAGGCCGCAGCGCAGUGCCAAAGCAUCGGAUAAGAAGUACAGCAUGUCCAGCAGCGAGGACGAGUUCCAGGACAGUGGGCCCAAGAAGAAGAAGGUUCUAGAAAGUGACAGCGAGGCGUUUACGCUACACUCUAGCGAAUCAGAGGAUGAAGUCAUGCCGUCACCCUCGCCCAAAAAGAAGGACAUAAAGGCCAAACCAAAGAAGACCACUGAAAAGGAAACGGUGAAAAGCAAUCCUGACUCCCAGUCCAGCCCGGACGAGAUGACCGUCACCAUGACCUCUGACGUUUCAGCCAAGCCCAAACCCAAGCAGGCCGCCGCUAAAAAACCUGCCAAUGCAGGCAAGAAGAAACUGUCGGAAAACAAGCAGCCGUCCAUUCUGGAUGCCCUGACCAAGUCAAAACCCAAACCCAAACCAGCCCCUAAAGGACCUUCCAAAUCUACCGUGACGGGGGCCUCCAAAGCCGUCCCUAAAUCUCCCUCUACCGAAGACCCCAAGAAGGCGGCCUGGGUGUUCUCCAGCGACUCGGAGGGCUCCCAGCCUGCCCCGCCCGCCAAGGAGAAGCCGGGCCCCAAGCGCAAGGUCGGCCUCAAGAGGAAGCCGGUGCUGGACAGUGAGGAUUCGGACAGCAGCUCCGAUGACCUCAUGUCCCGCAUCAAGGGCAAGACCGCUGGCAAGAAAAUGAAGAAACCGGACGAGGACGAGAGCUUCCAGCUGCCCGAAGAGGGCGGGUCCUCCGCGGUGGCCCCCCGAGCCACGAAGGGGCGCGUCAGGAAGCCGGUCACGUACAGGCUGGACUCGGACUCGGACUCGGACUACUGAGGGGGCUCCCGGGGCGCGGGGUGCGUACGGGGACGGCUCGCGGCCUUCCCCCUCCCCCUCCCCCGCAGCCCGCGUUCCGCUUCUCACACCACAUGCAUUUAAGCAAAUCUACUAAUCGUUCACCCCCGGCGCGUCCCGGGAAAAGCAGCCCUCAGAUGUGUCCCGCGGCGGUUUUUUUUUGAUACGCGGGCCGCGCGGCCUUACUUUAGCGGGGCGCGCCGGCGUCGAGAGGGGCGCCUGCUCGGCCGCGCCGGUGGGGCUCUCUUUAUUGCACUCAUCCGCUUGGCCUCUGCUUCAUUGUAGUGUCGAGCUGCUCGCCGCGCUGAGCGAUGCAGGCUGCAUGCGCUCCCCCGCCGGUUUCGCCGGUCCGUUCCGGCCAAUCCGAGGCAUCCGCGCUAUCAGCGGCACAGCGGCUUGCGUCGGCGUUUCUGUGUCACUGUGUGUCAUUCAUUCACAAUUUCGAGACCGAUACUGACCCGAGAUGGGGUUACUAAUCAUUUAGAAACACAGUCCGCUGUGUUGUAUUAGACUUCACCAUGAGACGUUUAACCACUUUUAUGUAAAAAAAAAUAAAAAUAAAAUAAAAAUAAUUAUAUUGUUUUUAGAGAUGUAAAAAAACAUUGGCUGGCAGAAAUUUUCGGACCACGUUUUGAGCAUUGCACUGGCAUUGUAAUAGUUACCCCCAGCUUGUAUUUUGCCCGUUUUCUAUGUCGUUUUCAGUGUUGUCUUGUCUUGUAAAUAUUCCCCCGUUGCCUUCUUUUUACGUCUAGUUCUGUUUAAAAUAAACUUGGUUUUCGAGUCCA